AUGCCGGACGAUUUGAGAUUUGAAGACAUGUCAAUCUUGAAAAAUGACAACGUGAGGAUUCGCGACCUGGAAAGUGUAAUUAAUAAGAUAAAAACAAUUCGCGAUGAUGGUCCAACGAAAUUGCAAAUGGUCACAGAUUUUGAUCGAACAAUCACCAAACAACAUGUCAACGGACAACAUAUUCUUAGCAGUUUCGGUAUCUUCUUUGAAAGCUCUCAAAUUUCCGAGAAGAUGAAAGAAGAAAAGCAGCGAUUAUUUGACAAAUAUCGACCAAUCGAGCUAGAUCAUGACUUGGAGCUUGAAAAAAAAAUCGAGGCAAUGGAAUCAUGGAUGACUGAAUCGGAUGAUCUUUUGAGAGGAGUUAAUUACGAUCCUUGUGAGAUUGAAGAAGUUGUGAAAAUUCAUGGCACUGAUGUUCGUGAUAGAACGAAAGAAUUGAUUGACAGAUUGAACGCUGCUAAGGUACCGGUACUUGUCUUUAGCGCUGGACUUGGUGAUGUCGUUGAGGCCAUUUUGAAGCUCCAUGAUGUCUUUCUGAAUAAUGUUAAAGUGGUGUCCAACUUUCUAAAUUACAAAGACGGAAAGAUUAAUGGAUUCAAAAACGAUCAACUGAUUCAUGUUUUUAAUAAAAAUGAAAAUGUUAUUACUGACAAGGAGUACUACAAUUCUCUUAAAGGGAGAAAAAAUGUUGUGCUCAUGGGAGAUAUGACUGGAGAUGCAACAAUGGCCGAUGGAGCUGAAGGUGUUGAGACUAUUUUAAAAAUUGGUUUUCUUUAUGAACAAGUUGAAAGUUCGCUUCCGUCAUUUUUGGAUACUUUUGACAUUGUUCUUAUUGAUGAUCAAUCAAUGGAUAUUGUGAUUGAUAUACUCAGGCCAAUUAUUUAA